CCGCGCAUGCGCGACCGGGGCCGGUCCCUGAGGGGGUCCCGGUGAGGCGGGGCCGGGGUGGGGGGGGCCACCGAGCGCGGUCACCGCCAUCUUCGCUGGGCGCCGCCGCCGCGGCCCGUCACACACACAGAGACACGCUCCCACACCGCGCUGCCCGCCGCCAGCCCCCGCUGCCGUGCUGCAGCACAGCGCUCCGCCCGCUGCUGCCGUUGUCUCCCGGUGGGAGCGGGGCUCGCACGCAGCCGGGCACACGCCCCGCGGCUCCGGAGCCCCGGCAGUUGCCGAGUCACCGCCGGGCGGGGCCGCGGGCGGGGCGGGGCCGGGCGGGGCGGGCGCCGCAGCGGGAGCAGCCGGCAGCUCCUGCAUCCCGGCCGCCAGCAUCCUCCGCUCCGGGCCCCGCUCCCGCGGGGCGGCCUCGGCGGGGCCAUGGCCGAGAUCACCAGCGUCCACCCCGGCUUCGAUGUGUCCCCCGUGGUGGCAGGACUCAUUGGAGCCACUGUGCUGGUGGUUUCUGUCUCAGUCACAGUCUUUGUGUGGACAUGCUGUCACCAGCAAGCAGAAAAGAAGCACAAAACCCCCCCCUACAAAUUCAUUCACAUGCUGAAAGGCAUCAGCAUCUACCCGGAGACCUUGAGCAACAAGAAGAAAAUCAACCGCAUCCGGAGAGACAAGAGCGGCACGGCCAAGGAGGGGGGCAGCAGGGGCAACCUGCUGCUGGAUGCUGCUGAGGCUGGCCUGGGGGACCCCAACAAAGCUCCAGGUGGACCCCCCCAGGUCGACCAGCUCCCCAUCAAAGUCGAUUACGGAGAUGAACUCAGCCCGGAUCAAAGCCUCACUCCGGGAGGGAGUAAAACCUCCUCUCCCUCUUCCCCCGGUGACGACGUCACGCUGGGAGACCUGACCUUCUCGGUGGACUACAACUUCCCCAAAAAGGCCCUGGUGGUCACCAUCCAGGAGGCCCACGGGCUGCCAGUGAUGGAUGAGCACACCCAGAGCUCUGACCCCUACAUCAAGAUGACAAUUCUGCCCGACAAGAGGCACCGCGUGAAGACCCGCGUGCUGCGCAAGACCCUGGAGCCCGUUUUUGACGAGACCUUCACCUUCUACGGCAUCCCCUACAGCCAGCUGCAGGACCUGGUGCUGCACUUCCUGGUGCUCAGCUUCGACCGCUUCUCCCGGGAUGAUGUCAUUGGGGAGGUGAUGGUGCCCCUUGCAGGGGUGGAUCCCAGCACUGGCAAGGUGCAGCUCACCAGGGAGAUCCUCAAGAGGAACAUACAGAAGUGCAUCAGCAGAGGGGAGCUGCAGGUGUCCCUGUCCUACCAGCCCGUGGCACAGAGGAUGACUGUGGUGGUGCUGAAGGCCAGGCACUUGCCAAAGAUGGACAUCACUGGCCUCUCAGGUAACCCCUACGUGAAGGUGAACGUUUACUACGGCCGCAAGCGCAUCGCCAAGAAGAAGACUCACGUGAAGAAAUGCACGCUGAACCCCGUGUUCAACGAGUCCUUCAGCUACGACAUCCCGGCCGAGCUGCUGCCCGAGCUCAGCGUGGAGUUCCUGCUCAUCAACCUGGAGCGCAGCACCAAGAACGAGCCCGUGGGCCGGCUGGUGCUGGGCAGGCACAGCGCCAGCGCCGCGGGCAGCGAGCACUGGCAGCAGCUGUGCCACGGGCCCGGCCGCGCCCUGGCGCGCUGGCACAGCCUCAGCGAGUACUGAGGGCGGCAGAGCCCCCCGGGGGGCUGCGGGCUCCCGGGGGGCUGCGGGACGCGCAGCGGCCGCGGGGGAGCCGUGGGGAACGGGCUCUGGGCGCGGAGGGGCCGCGACACUAACAGCAGUGCGCGGGGGGGAAAGGGUUAACGUUGUGCUGGGGUGGGGGGGUCUGUAGGGCACGAGAUCCCGUGAUAACAAAUAUUCAUUAAUGAUAGGGGAAAUCAUUUAAAAAUUGCCUUUAGUCGGUGGGGUUCUGUAGGGCACGAGAUUCUGUGACAACAAAUAUUCAUUAAUGAUAGGGAAAAUAAUUUAAAAAUCAUCUUUAGGUGGUGGGGUUCUGUAGGGCACGAGAUUCUAUUGCAAAAAAUAUUCAUUAAUGAUAGGGAAAACUAAUUCUAAAAUUGUCUUUAGGUGGUGGGGUUCUGUAGGGCACGAGAUUCUGUGAUAAAAAAUAUUCAUUAAUGAUAGGGAAAAUAAUUUAAAAAUCAUCUUUAGUCGAUGGGGUUCUGUAGGGCACGAGAUUCUGUGACAACAAAUAUUCAUUAAUUAUAGGGGAAAUAAUUUAAAAAUUGCCUUUAGGUGGUGGGGCUCUGUAGGGCACGAGAUUCUAUGGCAAAAAAUAUUCAUUUGUGGUAGGGAAAAUAAUUUAAAAAUUGCCUUUAGGUGGUGGGGCUCUGUAGGGCACGAGAUUCUGUGACAAAAAAUAUUCAUUAAUGAUAGGGAAAACUAAUUCUAAAAUUGUCUUUAGGUGGUGGGGUUCUGUAGGGCACGAGAUUCUAUUGCAAAAAAUAUUCAUUAAUGAUAGGGAAAACUAAUUCUAAAAUUGUCUUUAGGUGGUGGGGUUCUGUAGGGCACGAGAUUCUAUGACAAAAAUUCAUUCAUGGUAGGGAAAAUAAUUUUAAAGUUGUCUUUAGGUGAUGGGGUUCUGUAGGGCACGGAGAUUCUACAACAACAAAAAUUCAUUCAUGGUAGGGAAAAUAAUUCUAAAAUCAUCUUUAGGUGGUGGGGUUCUGUAGGGCACGAGAUUCUGUGACAAAAAGUAUUCAUUAAUGAUAGGAGAAAUAAUUUAAAAACCGUCUUUAGGUGGUGGGGCUCUGUAGGGCACAGAGAUUCUACGACAAAAAUUCAUUCAUGGUAGGGAAAAUAAUUUUAAAAUUGUCCUUAGGUGGGGGGGUUCUGUAGGGCACAGAGAUUCUAUUAAAAAAAUAUUCAUUAAUAAUAGGGAAAACUAAUUUUAAAAUUGUCCUUAGGUGGGGGGGUUC